AUGCCGUCAUCUUCGCUAAUUACGGCGGGAAAGGUGGACGAGAGGUGUGAGGUACCCAGAGGACGUGGACAAGCUUCACCUUCACCUGCCCCCGUCAGGACCUACCCCCGUCAGGACCUGCCCCCGUCAGGACCUACCCCCGUCAGGACCUGCCCCCGUCAGGACCUACCCCCGUCAGGACCUGCCCCCGUCCGGGACCUUCCCCGUCAGGACCUGCCCCCGUCAGGACCUGCCCCCGUCAGGACCUGCCCCGUCGGGACCUACCCCCGUCAGGACCUACCCCCGUCAGGACCUGCCCCCGUCAGGACCUACCCCGUCAGGACCUGCCCCCGUCAGGACCUACCCCCGUCAGGACCUGCCCCCGUCAGGACCUACCCCCGUCAGGACCUGCCCCCGUCAGGACCUACCCCCGUCAGGACUUGCCCCCGCCAAGCCCUGCCCAGAUAG